AUGGCUCCAUACAAAGGAAAUAAUGUAAGAUAUCACCUAGCUAAAUUUCACCGCGGUGCAACUCGACAAUUGCGAGAGCCAAGAGGACGCAUUGAGAAAUUUAACUAUUUACAUUCUUCUUGUAGAAAUGUAGUAGAGCACACAUUUGGCGUUUGGAAAGCAAGAUGGUCUAUUUUGAGAGACAUGCCAUACUAUUACAUUGACACACAAAGGGACAUCGUACUUGCUACUAUGUCCAUUCACAGUUAUAUUAGAAAGAAAUGCAAUGUGGAUGAUGCAUUCCAGACAGCCGAGAAUGAGAGCUAUAUUCCAUCGAUUGAUUCUAAUGAUAUUGGCACAACUUCAAGAGCUAACUAUGUAGAUGUCGAAGAUGUAGGAGAACAAAAUGAUGUCUAUUGA